UAUCGAUCGGUACGAGAACGAGUACGAGUACGAGUACGAGUACGAGUACGAGUACUUGGUACCCGUUCUACUCCAGCGUCCGAGUUCAUGUCAUCUGAAUAUCAAUAUCAAGCGGAACGACGUUGAUGCCCAUCUAACAAACCCUGAGUCAAACGACAUCGCAUCGAACGCACCAUUGGUAAGUUGAGCAGAGCACAAAGCAAAGCCGAGCAGAGAAUGUCGCCGAGAAUAUSCGUGCAACAUUGAUUUUGUGCCGUUAUUCCAAUCCCCACCAACAAAGAAAGCAGGCAAGCAUCGAAUAAAUUGAAUCAUUAUUUUUAAUUCGGGCGUUCAGUGGUUUCGCGAAUUUGAACAGCAUCCUCACAAAGGAUGCUUGUAUGUACAACCUGUUUCCUACGCUCUACACCUCUUCGUUGCACAGACAAAUAGAGAGAUACACAACCAUACAGCCAGACAGAGAUUUAGACAAGUUCCGCGAUAUUUCGAUAGCACAUUCGGUGUAGCACGAGCAACACAUUUCGACACAACACAAAACAAAACAAAACAAAACAAAACAAAACAGCCAUGGUGGAACGAAAAUCCAGCAGCCGGCAUGUCGCGACGGUUUCCAUGAAAACGAGAAAGCCGAACGACAAAAAUUAUGCCGUCCUGGCUCGAGGGUUGUCGGCCCGAUUCACGGGCACGAACACACCCCUAGAGCCGUUGACACAGGACGAAAUGGAACGGGAUCUCCGCCACAUGGAAGCCUUUUCCAACGCGUGCACGGCCUACGCCCAGCAGUACUACAUGUUUACCAACCGAGGCAACAACAGYGGCAAGCCGGGAAGCCAGGGCGGCGACGGACCGGGCAAGAGCAACUCACAGGCGCGCGGAGGUCUCAACCGGAAAGAAAUGCCCAUCAUUGCGAUGCCCGUCCGCAUCGAUCCGGAGGAAGAAAAGCGGCUGCAGAUCCUCCGCCAAAAGAUUCAGCAGUGCGAGGCGCAGCGCGAGAUAUACGAGGGAGAAUACCUGAGCCUGAGGGCCCACUUUUGCGCCCUGUCCAAGAAACUCAAAACCAAGCGAAACGACUUUGAAUCCCGCGUUGCUUUUUUGCAGGAACUGGUCCAGAAGCGGGCCCGGCUCGUGGCGCUGCAGCGGGUGAGAAUCCAGAUGGUGCGCGAAACGAUGCUCUGUCUCCGGCACCGGCUGAACAACCCAUCGGCUGCCCAAGCACCCACAGCAACAAAAUCCAAGGAGGACCAGGCCGAUCUUCACGCGCAGUGGACCAAUCUCGAUCAGCAAUGGAAGGCUGCGGAAGAAAGCAUUUCCAAGAUCAAGGCCGAUGGCGGAAGCAACGGUUCGAGCACUAGCAACGGCAAGAACAACGGCAGCAGCAGUGGCAACGGCAACAAAGAGACGGACGGCACUAGGAAACAAGACCAUUCCACCGUAGCCGAGUGGCCUGCAUCCUUUGUCCCAAAAAUUCCCCCGGGGGUUCCGCUGUUGCUCUCGCAGCUGGGCCAGCAACCGGGUCACGCCGUGGCCUGGGGCACCUGCGGGGCCUUUGGUGCCAAAAAGGACUCCCUGGUGUGGAUCCACAACCAGAUACCUACCCAGCGAUCGGACCGGUCCGAGACCCUCGUCGGUCUGCGGUCCGAUGUUGCCCGCUACAAGCAACAAAUCGCCAGGGAGCACAAAUUGAACCGAGACUUCCAGAGCAGAGCCAUCAAGAUGCGCAGGGAAAACGACCAGCUGGUUUCUAUGAUGACCCUUCUGCGAUCGGAAACCGAAGCCGUAGUAGCGCGGCACAACGUCCUCCUGGAAUCCGAGGAAGCCAAGAAGGCCUCGAAGGUCCUCUACGACGAAGAAGCCAUGGUGGCGAACGUUGCGGACACCGAUGCGAGCAGCAGCAGCAGCAAACACACGGAAGGGAUCCCGAGCGGCAGCGAAACGCUCCCGAAGUCGUCCGGCCUGAACCAGGACGACGCAAACGACGGGGACGACGAGGGCGAAGACGACGGGUUCGACGAGUACGAGGGGCAGAAAUCGGGGACCACGGAACAAACAGACCCCGCCGCCGGAAAGCGCGGCCUGGGAGAGGGAGGAUCCAACGACGACGCCGAUGCCAACGGCGAGUCGUCCGCGUCUCGGUCGAAGCGCCGAAGAACCUCUGCCGACUAAUACUAAGGAACGAACAAGCAACGAGUUAGUACUCUACGCAGUUAUUUUCCAYGAGUGAGCUGUUUGCCGGGCCCGACCAAUCGUCGGCAAACAUUCGUUCAAUUUUUGGAAAAAGAAGUUACCGAAUUCUUUCGUUCCACCGAUGGUUUCUUUCCGUUGGCGUCUUCCUCGGAUCCAAUCAUGGGGCAAUGCCUUGCUCCAAUGGGGGGGCCAGCAGCAGCCGAUGGACACCAUUGCCACGGCGAAACCGCAAACUGUAUUUUUAACUACCACGUCAAUCCAUUAUGAUUAGUUUAAAGCGAUGCGUAAACAAACAGAAGCAUUCCAC